GCCCCCCCGGCCGCCAUGCCCUCGGACCGGCCCUUCAAGCAGCGCCGCACCUUCGCUGAUCGUUGUAAAGAAGUACAGCAGAUCCGAGAGCAGCAUCCAAACAAAAUCCCGGUCAUCAUCGAACGCUAUAAAGGAGAGAAACAGCUGCCAGUGCUGGACAAGACCAAGUUCCUUGUCCCAGACCAUGUCAACAUGAGUGAACUGGUCAAAAUAAUCCGGCGCCGCUUGCAGCUGAAUCCCACCCAGGCUUUCUUCCUGCUGGUGAACCAGCACAGCAUGGUGAGCGUGUCUACCCCCAUCUCGGAGAUCUACGAGCAGGAGAAGGACGAGGAUGGCUUCCUCUACAUGGUCUAUGCUUCCCAGGAGACCUUUGGCUACUGAGGCCUGCUGAGAGGUGGCAUGUGGAGACAGAUGAACUGUGGCGCGCAGGCCCCCGGCCUUGGAAGACAACACAACCAGAGGCUCACAGGAGGGGGACUGUGCUGACUCCCUUUCCCUCUCUCCCUCCCUCCCUCCCCUUCCCAUCACCCUGUCACCAAAGAGGCUCGUGGCGUGUGUUGGACUCGCACAACCCUUCACCUCUGUGUAGAUUAGUCCCGCUCCCUCCACACACACGCACCCAUGUGCGCGCAUACGUACAGACACCCGCGCGCGCACAUGGGGCCUCGGCUUCCCAUCCCCUUCGUGUAACCUGCAGCUGCUCUCACUGUGCUGUGUAUGUGUGUGUGUGCGUGUUUGUAGCCUACUGCCAUAACAGUUCAGCUGGUGAUGGAGACAGGACAGGACACUGUCGCCUUCGCUUUCAGCACAGGGAGAGCCGCCUCUCCUCCAAGACAAUAAUAAAGGGCAGGAGGUCUGCAAAAGCAGCAAACAGAUGUUACCGUUGCUCCCGAGUUUUAAUUGAUUUUAAUUAC